GUUGAAUGUAAAGUGGUUAAGUAAUAGUUAUAAUGAAGCAGAGGGUGCUUGUCGACUGUAGACACAAAUACACCUACUGUAGCCUACAACAACAACGAUGCACAUUAGGGUCUUUCUAGAUUAACCCACAAAGCAAGAGACUACUUACAGAACACUAAAUCCAAUGGGAGGAACUUUCUUCUCAGAAGAGCAAAGAGGUGGAGAUAAAAACUGGUUCUUUAUUUGCAUAAAGACCUCAAAUCCACACCCAUCCUGUCCUGCUCACUUUUCUAGUUUUCAUCUGUAGUUUACUGUGGAGUUUCCAGAUCUUUUCUAUAUGUUGAAUCGAAGUCUCAAGGCAAUAUCGAAUGUAACUGGACCUUUGUCUGUUUCUGACCAUGAAGUGAAAGGGUAUAUCUGUUGCACUUAGAAGGGCUUUGGUAAGUAAAAUCAAUGGAGUCCAGUCUUUCUUGUCUGUCAUCAUUGAAAGAGGAGGUGACUGCAGGGGAAUUCAUUCAGCCACACUACAAGGAGUCCUAUCGGCUUGCCAUCUAUGCCCUAGUCAACAGUGGAAGAAAUGCUUAUCAAGAGUAUCUGAAAGCUGAGAACAUUUUUGACUUUCUAUCAGAAGAGGAACUGCUCUUUAUUCAAGAAAAUGCAAUGUUACCGGCUCCCGAUGAUGACUUGGAAGUUAACAAUGAAACUGAAGAAAAAAGUCCAUCAACGUAUUUUCCCACAGAGUCGGAUGAGGAGGUGCCUGACCUCGAACUUGGAUGGCCUGAGAUUAACCAUGAGAACACAGAAACAAAUAUCAGCCUGAUUUUCAAUCCACCCAGACAAAGCUCACCAACUAUCAAAGAGGUGAUUCGUAAACAAAUCCAAGAGGCAAGACAGGUCAUUGCAAUAGCAAUGGAUGUCUUCACUGAUGUAGACAUCUUCAAGGAGCUUAUCAGUGCCACAUUUAGAGGGGUGGUCGUCUACAUUCUUCUGGAUGAUAUCCAAUUCAAAAGUUUCCACACUAUGGCUGAGAGGUCAGGCGUUUGUAUCAAAGAUCUCAAGAACGUCCGAGUUCGAACUGUAAAAGGUCAGCAAUAUCAGUGUCGGUCUGGAGCAAAGUUUAAUGGAGCUUUGGAACAGAAGUUCAUACUGGUGGAUUGCAGAACAGUGUUGUAUGGGACGUACAGCUUCAUGUGGUCCUAUGAAAAGAUCAACCUCAGCAUGGUUCUAGUGAUCACUGGGCAACUUGUGGGGUCAUAUGAUGAGGAGUUCAGAAGACUAUUUGCCCGCUCUACUCUUCCAGCUGCACUUUCUCAGGAAAGUGUGUUCCUUAGGGAACCAGUGUCAGUGUACAACCCUAACUCCAGUCAUACCUCACUCCAUCUGAUUCACAUGAGAUAUAGAACACAGACAACAGGUUUGAGUACCUUUAUGGGACAACACAAGGAUGAAAGAUACGAUGGGCCCAUGUUAACCAGAGGCUUAAGCAUGCAAGACAGACUGCAUCACUCUCACCAUACAGAGUCUGGGCAACUGCUGAGAGGGCACAGCUAUACUGGAGAGCUGCAGAAAGGUAAUUCAACAACUCAACUGAGGACAAGAGAUAUUGGGGCUUACUGUGUCCCUCAGAGACAAAGGCCCAACCAAUGUAGUAGCAACGACGCACAGACAGGCAAGAUGAAUCAGCUUCUCCACACACAGAGGACUUGCUAUAGCACUGACAAGUAUGUGCUUCCCUUCAACUCAGAGACCUCUCUAAACAGGUGGAAGAUUGACUCAUACCUCAAUAACAGUGACCACACAUUGGCUGAAUCAAUUGAAAGCCUGCAUCAUACGGACACACUGCCAGAGAUUAAUAGGAACCCAAUCCCACCAUCCCGUAUGAAAUCAUCAUUGAUUUUCAAUAGCUAUCUGCAAGAACGAUUGAAAUCACCCAUACACAUGUGUGAGGACACGCAAAUGUUACCACAUAGUAUUCAAAGUGUCUCGGCUGACAAACAACCACAACUGCCAACGCCUAUUAGGUGGAUGGACAACCAGACUAGAAUGGAACAGUUAAGGCUGGAAAACAAAAAUUAUUUGCACCAGCAAAGAGAUUUUGCCACUAAUAAUCAUAUUUCUGGGCAAAGUCAAGAGUCUCUCAAGUCUGCAUUUUCAGCUGUAGAGAGACAUAUAGAGAAGCCAACAGUAAACAUUCUGGAAAAGAGUUACAGUAUAAAUGAGUUGGAAAACAGCUCAGCUCACAGUUUUAAACCGGAGCCAUCUAGCCAUGGACAUGGCUUCACUUCAGGAGAUCAACCUGAUGAUCAGAACAGAUUGAUAGAGACUGAAAGAAACCAGAAAUUUACAACAGAUCUUACAGAGAGCCACCGAAGUAUCUCUCAUUAUGACAUCAAGACCAUAUCAGAAAAAAGGCAUCCUGAGUCAUUAGAUUGGCACCAGCCUCCGACAAGGACAACAUCAACAACUGACCUGGGAAUACUGAUGACGAAGCCUUCACUUAAAUCCUCAAACUUCAGACCCACCUGUCUUAAUGUGCAGGACUCUAGAAUUAUGAUGUCUUUGAUUGGCAUUCCAGAGGAGAAAGAGGGCCAUGUAAGUGGUAGUAUUGUUACUUCUAACCAGCUGGGCAGCUACUCAAGUUUAGUUUCUCUCGCAGAUGACAGAGGAAUGUCAGUGAAAGAGGAUAAACCACUUCAUGUGAUGAAUUCAAUCAGAUCCAAGACCGCUGAAGAAUCCCAGCAUAUAAAGGCUGAGAGGGUAGUAAUGGUAGAAAAAGCAAUACCUGAGCAAGAUAAUCCUCUUCAGAGGAAGAAUUCAAUGAGAUUAAAACUUUCUGCUAUUUUUCGAUCCGAUGAACAAUCCAAAGAGGAGCCAACAGUCCAAAGAAAGAACUCUAUGAGGUCAGGAACUUCAUCUGGAUCAAAGCAUGGUAUGGUUCUUGCUGACAGUGAUAAGGAGCAACAAAACUGUUCUGACUCAAGAGCCAAAUUAUUUUCUAAUCCAAUUGGUAAUUCAAACGUAGAUCAGGACAGUCUGGGUUCUAGAAUCACUCUUCCAGACCCUAUAAGGAAGAAGGCUUACAGCAGAUUUGAACAUUUUCUGUCAGUUGAAAAAAGACCUUCAGAACAUCCAAUGCCAAACAACAGAGAAGUACCUUCCUCAGAAAAGAACAAAAACACGUUUUUAAGUGGCUCAGGACAAGGUUCUGUUUCUGCUGCAGGCAACUAUACAAACUACCAGACCCAAACGUCUACUGAAAAUAAGUUUGGAAGAUUCAUGCAACGAGUAGGAAAUCUCAUCAGCAAGAAUAAGUAAAUCCAUUCUGGAUACCAAAUAGUCAAACAAAACGUAAAUAUUGCGGUGACCAAUAUUUCCAGUAAGUAACAAUGAAAUGUAAAUAGUUGUAGUUCUGUUGGUACUUUUCCAACUUUGUUUAGAAAGCAUAGUUUUCACCUGUGUGGGUUACUGUGUCAAAGAGACAAAGUACGUAGAAAUCAAAUACUAUUUACGAUUACAUAAUAAUGAAUAUCUUUGUUUAUUUGGGGAUAUUAAUUUCUACAAUGAAUGCAUAGGAUUCUUGACAUUAAAGUAAGUGUAGACAUUUUAGAGAGGUUGUUGAGUGGUCUAUUAAUACCUACAAAAACCUUUCAGUUUCAUUAUUCAAUAUCAGUUGUAAGUCUUUUCAAAAUAUACUUAAUCCGCUUUCCUGAUGUUUCUGUAAAUUUUUCUUUGGACGAUUCAUGCCAUGUUUAUGUAUCAAUGUUUCUUAUUUUAUGUGUGACAUUUUGGGAAUGUUGUUAGUUUUUUAUGGUUAAGAUUUAUAUGUAUACGGAGGUCUGCAGUGAACAAACCAAAUGUGAUGCAUAUUUCUUUCUUCUACAAAGUCGUCACAUUUGGUCUUCUAUCACAGUUUUCAGACUGUUUGUUGUUUGUCAUCAGACUUCCAUUUUGUGAAUAUUCAUCUUGUGUUGGUCCACAGGACCACUGUUAGUUAACUGAGACUUUACUCCCAUGCUCUAAGUUUGUAUACUUAGAGCAUGAAAUUCUGAUCACUUAAGACCUCCAUGCACACGAUGCACAUGUUGUUUUAUUUUAUUGUGAUUGCCUUUAUAAUUGGCUACAUUGAGGGAAGGUUUUGUAUUGACUUGUUUCAAUCUUUUCACAAAUUGGUUAUUUUACUAUUUACAUAAUAAAUGUAUCAUCUUGUAUUAAAGGUUCCUGGUUAUCCUCACAUAUCUUUCACAAACUUGGGUAAGAGGACACUGAGCUAGUCGGAUUGACAUUAAAUGGCUAUUCAAUUGAUGGAGCUAGUUCUGGCAUGGCACUUGGGCUGCGUGUCACGUCAUCAGCUGAUGUCACACACAAUAAACUGCAGUUGUGCCAAUUUGAAGAUCCAGGCCUUCCCCUUCAGAGGACUUGAAUACUGAAUGCAUUCAUUGACCCAGACACCCAUGCUCACACAUCAUGCAUUGCUAUGUACCUGCAUAUUGUGCAACUGCUGCCAUCAUUAUGAGGGGCCGUUCAGACA